CUGGCAGCCAUCAUGAAGGGUACAGUCUUGAUCUGCUGUUUCCUCUCCCUGCUGCUUUUGCAGGCCACAGCAGGUAAGAGUUUUGAUGAAGAAGUGGAAGAUUUCACCACCGUCCUCAGAGACAGAUCUCACAUCGACGAGACGCUGCGACUUGCAACUGAGGAAAAAGCAGGAGACUAUGCAGCGGCUCUGGAGAGGUUGCGGAAGAUCUACCACACGUCCAUCAAGCCGAUGGAGCAGGCCUACAAAUACAAUGAGCUGAGGCAGCACGAGAUUUCAGAUGGAGAGAUUACCUCUAAACCCAUGGUGCUGUUCCUGGGACCCUGGAGUGUAGGAAAGUCCUCCAUGAUCAAUUACCUCCUGGGCAUGCACGACAGCCCCUAUCAGCUUUACACAGGAGCUGAGCCUACUACCUCUGAGUUCACUGUAAUUAUGCAUGGGGAGAAGAUCCGCUCUGUUGAGGGUAUUGUUAUGGCAGCAGACAGCUCUCGGUCCUUCUCUCCCCUGGAGAAGUUUGGCCAAAACUUCUUGGAAAAGCUGAUUGGUAUUGAGAUGCCCCACAAGCUGCUGGAACGUGUGACUUUUGUGGACACACCAGGAAUCAUUGAGAACAGGAAGCAGCAGGAGAGAGGCUAUCCUUUCAAUGAUGUUUGCCAGUGGUUCAUAGACCGUGCUGACCUGAUCUUCGUGGUGUUUGAUCCCACCAAGCUGGACGUUGGCCUGGAGCUGGAGAUGCUCUUCCGGCAGUUGAAGGGUCGUGAAUCCCAGAUUCGCAUCAUCCUAAACAAGGCUGACAACCUGGCCACCCAGGACUUAAUGAGAGUCUAUGGAGCGCUCUUUUGGAGCUUAGCUCCUCUCAUCAAUGUGACUGAACCCCCCCGCGUCUACGUCAGCUCUUUCUGGCCAUAUGACUAUGCUCCUGACACCAGCCGUGCUUUCAAGCGAGAAGAGAUCUCCCUCCUGGAAGAUCUGAAUCAGGUGAUUGAAAACCGCAUGGAAAACAAAAUCGCCUUCAUCCGGCAACAUGGCAUCCGCGUGCGCAUCCACGGCCUGCUGGUAGACCGCUAUGUCCAGACCUUUAAAGAGAAGAUGAGCUUUUUCAGUGACCCUGAUCUAGUCUUCAAGGAGAUUGUGGAUGACCCAGACAAGUUCUACAUUUUCAAAUCCAUCCUAGCCAAGACCAAUGUCAGCAAGUUUGACCUGCCCAACCGCGAUGCUUACCGUGACUUCUUUGGCAUUAAUCCAGUCACCAACUUCAAGCCCCUGACGGCUCAGUGCUCUUACAUGGGAGGCUGUCUGCUGGAUAAGAUUGAGAGGGCAAUCACCAAUGAGCUGCCUGCCCUUCUGAGCAGCAUUAACUCUGGCAAGCAGCCUGGCCUGUCCUCCUGUGAGGUCACUGGCUGUGGUGAAAAGCCAAAGAAUCGUUAUCGGAAGAACUGAGGAAAACACAAUAACUUGAGUGGGGGAAGUAAGAAGAGAAAGUGUCUGAUGGAAGCCAACCCUGUUUUUGUCAGAAUGCCUGUAUUGUUGAGGAGACAGAAGAGAGGAGAUUAGUGUUUGUUUUUUUCCUCAGGAGAAUAUGGGGAGGUGCAUUUAGGAACCAUGGGAAUGAGGAAGAUAGAGGGAGGGAAGGGUCAUUGUUUGAAAAGGCAGCUUAAGGACACAAGUGCUGAAGAAAUGAGAACAUGCCACUGAUCACUGAGUUUCAUUUAAAUACACGCCCUCCUCUCUCCCUUGCACAAUCACAGUGGACUGUCUGAAUUUUUGGGGGAUUGGGGAAGUGAUGAUGUGAUGAAACACAGACACAGAAAAAUAAAAAUUUAAAAUCCCAAGACUGAAAACAAUCAAAUACCAGCUCCCUUGUAUGUGAAUAAAACGGGAAAAGUGGAAACAGGAGUUACAAAUUUGUGUUGUAAAAUCUUGAGAAUUACAUUGCAGAAAGUCAAUUCCAUAAGCUUCAGAAGCUGUUUUUAAGUAGCCAUUUUGUGGGUGCUAUACAAAGCGUCUGUAUUUGGGAAAUCUGCUUUUGACAUAAAUAGAACAUUAACAUUGCAUGUUAGGCGUCACGUUGUAUUAAACAAAUGCAUGCAUUUCCUUCUAACAUAAAGUUUAAGUAAUAUUUCCUCAUUUAACUGAAACUAGAACCCUGCCAUGCAACAAAUACGGCCUUUUUCUUAGUUUUGUAUGCUUGUCAGUCCUGGUUGUUGACAACCUGUAAGAUGAGCACUGUGAUGGAAGCAGAGGUCAGGGUUCAAGGGUCAGAGUCUUCAAAGCGGGGUUGGUAUGUCCAUUCUGCUUCACUUCUUAACUGAUCUUACUGUUUCUGUUUCUGCAUUUCUGCGUCUAUAAAUUUGCCAGUCUUUGGCAAAAAUUCAGUACCGCGUUGUAAAUGUUUUUGUCCUUGAACGAUAAGCUUCCCAGCUUUUUGAAGCUGAAUGACCAUAAAAAAUGACACAUGAAGGAUGCCUUUGGAUUAUAGCUACCUUUAGCCAUUUGUUCUGCAGGUUAGAAAGCUAUUUACUGAUUUUCCUGUGUAAACUUUCCAAAUGGGCAUUGAAGUAGGCUGUGAAUGUAUACUGAAAAAUCCUGCUACGCAAUUUUACAAACCACCACUGCAAGAUUAUAAAAGUUGAUUUCUUAGCUUGCAAAAAGUGGGCUGGAGGUAAAGGUGAAGUGGAGGACUCAUGAGCUGAUCCCUGACCUCUGUGGAAAGAAGGAAGACCCAAAUACUAACCUUUACACCCGACGGUUUUGCAGUGAUACAUGUCAUAGCUGCGAGUUCUUAUGUAAGCCUACCUCAGUGAACUUCCCAGGACUAUGGCAUGGUAAAACUAUUAAAAUAGUUUGACAUUUUGGGAAAUACACUUAUGAGGCACUGGAUUUUCUUGGCUGGGCACAGUAACUCAAGAAAUAGUCAUAACAUAACACAGAACACUUUUACACUGCGUUUUUUGUAUGUAUCAUGCAAAUGAGAUAUAAUGUGCUAAUCAAUCUAAACUAAGCUAAGCUAAUCGGCUGCUGGCUCCAGCUACAUAUUAACAGGACGUAGAGAUUUGAAAAUGGUAUAAAUCUACCCAAAUGUCAAACUACUGCUUUUAAUACAGAGUUCUAAAUCAUCAAAGAUCAGAAAACAAAUUGACAAAUACACUUCCAAUUCCCUCUCUGUCCCCCCUCACUAAUCCCAUAGUGAAGAGUGUUUUUCCCAACUAGAAUCUGAAGAAUAAUGAAAAAGAAAAGAAAACUAACAAAAUGAAUCUCACUUUUUUCCUUUUUUGAGUGCGACUGUUUCACUGAAUAUGUUUAGUAAGUUUACACUGCAGAUCCAGAACAUGCCCACUAGAGAGUGCUGUGUAAAAGUGUAAAAAGUUCUGCAGAUCUCUCAUCAUGGCAACAGUUUAUGGUGGGGUUAUAGCUUGGACUAAUGACGUGUGUGGUUGUGCUUUUGGUAUAUUUCAGUAUCAGUUAUCUUAAUUUAGCUGUGAAUUCAAUCUGGAAUGGAUGUGUGUCCCAUUAAAGUUCACAUUUUUUGUUCUGAAAUAAAAUUUUAAUUCAUAUUGGCCCAAUUACGGAAGUUGAUCAUCAAGAAUAAAAAAAAAAAAAUCUGAUUGA